GAGGAGGGAACCAUGAAAAGUCCGGUAGAAACAGAGGACGACCAAUACAGUCCAAUACAUCUCACUGGGCUCGGAAUAUGUUGCCCCCUCAGUCCCAAACAGCACCACGAUGGGCCUGGUCUAGAGAACCCACAGCAGUACACUAAAUGGCUCCCCAGCCGCCACGAGGCCAGCCUGCUGCCCAUGAGAGAGGACCUGGCUCUCUGGCUCAACACAUUUCUAGACUCUGGGGUCACAGCUGACAGCCUGAUGGACAGGCUGGAUAAUGGGGUUCUGCUGUGCCAGCUGGCCGAGGAGCUACAGGAGAGGAUGAUCCAAUGCAGCAAUGGCAAGCCCUUCGUCCGCAGGGGGAUUAAUUGGCGAGCUGAUGCUGCUUCUGGCUCUUUCUUUGCCCGGGACAACGCUGCCAACUUCCUCUACUGGUGUCGGAAGAUUGGUGUGGAUGAGACUUACCUGUUUGAGUCUGAAGGUUUGGUGCUCCACAAACAGCCUCGGGAGGUGUGUCUCUGUCUUAUGGAGCUGGGAAGGAUUGCAGCCAGGUAUGGUGUGGAGCCCCCAGGGUUGGUGAAGCUGGAGAGAGAGAUAGAGAGGGAGGAGGGAGGGUCUCUCACCCCAUCGUCACCUCUGGCCUUCCCCUCACCCACAACUCUUCCCUUAAUCUUACCGUUGAUCCAUGCUCCUACACCCCCUGCUUCUGUAACCCCACCUCCCAGUCCAAGCCCACCCCCUUCCCCAGCCCCAAUAGACCCUACACCUGCAACUUCCAUCUCAUCCUCGUCAACCACCACUAGCACAACUUCCACUCAAACCUCAUCUGUUAUCACUGUCACAACCUCCACUCAGACCCCUCCCACAACACCAACCACAGAUCCUAUCUCAGCCCUGAGCCUUACAGAGACCCCUGUCUCCCCAUCUCCACAUCCUCCACCACUGCCGUCACCUCCAUCCCAACCCUCACCCUCCCCCUCACCUAAGUCCAAGGCGCGUCGUCCAAGCAAAUCAUCUGCUAAGAAGACUCCAAGCACAUGCGACUUGUUGGAUGACAUUGUGAGAAACAUUAUCAGGGACACGCCAUGCAGCUGCCCCACUAAGUUCCCUGUGGAGAAGCAUCCUAAAGGAUGCUACCGUGUCGGGGAGAAGAUCCUCUACGUACGAAUGCUGAAUGAGCGUCAUGUGAUGGUGCGCAUCGGGGGAGGCUGGGAGACCUUGGAAUGUUACCUGCUGAAGCAUGACCCAUGCCGGAGUCCACCGGUCACCCCGGUCAGGACCUGUUGGGCCAAAGGCAAGUCCCCCAACAUGAAGGACCUCUUACCACUGUCACCAGACAGUUACAUGGUGGUGGGGGCACACUCCCGUGCCAAGAAAUAAAACAUGAAUCUGUUCAACCAUAACAGAUAACUGACACCACAACCUAGCAAUGAAGCUUCCUGGUUAUGCUGAGCAUAUGAUGUUUUUUUCUGGGGAUUUAUUUGAAUGAAAGCUAUUGCCUAGUGACCAGAGGUGUGUGUGUGUGUGUGUGUGUGUGUGUGUGUGUGUGUGUGUGUGUGUGUGUGUGUGUGUGUGUGUGUAGAUUUAUCUUUGGUGAAGUUGGGUUUAGUGGCUCACAUAUAUGUAGAAAGGUAUAUUUUAUCAUCUAAAGGAAUUCAACAAAAUACCUGGUAUGGUGUUAUUUUGGGGCAGCCUAGUGUGUUCGAGUGUUAGAGUGUUCGGACAGUAACUGAAAAGUUGCUAGAUCGAAUCCCUGAACUGACAAGCUAAAAAUCUGUCGUUCUGCCUGAACAAGGCAGUUAUUAUUAACCCACUGUUCCUAGGCCAUCAUUGUAAAUAAGAAUUUGUUCUUAACUGACUUGCCUAAAAAAAAUAAAAAAAUGUAAGAUUAGUUUGAAAAAGUGAUCUUACCUGUAAAAAUCGAUCCUGUAGUCUUUAAAAGAGUUGAUUCAGAAUGGCUAGUAUAGCUGAGUGGUAAUGGCAUUUAGAAUUGUAUUUUAC